CUCCGACAGCCGCCCUCCCUGUCCCCCUUGCAGGGAUGCCUGCGCUCCUAGGGCCUGGCGCUGGUGCUCUGAGAGUGUUAGGGGCAGAGUUGAGUUCUGAGAAUGAAGAGGCUGCAGUUUCAGCAGCUCUGGUUCUGAGGAGGGGGCUCCUGUACAUCCCUGAAUUAUGAGGCCCAUGGCCCUGAGGCGGCACCGCCAACUCUUCUUGGCCUGGAGGGAGGGGGCUCUGGCCAGUGGUCUGCCCACUGCCCACUUGGCCAGCAGCCUUUGAUGGGGGUGGGGGGAUGGGUGGGGGUCUCUGCCACUGCCUGGCCGUAGCCUUCCAAGCAGGGGGCUCCCUGAUGGGAUGUCUGUCAGGAGGGACCCUGCUGGGUGGUCCAAGGCAGCCUCGGACAGGGGCUCCCUGGGGUGGGGGCUAAGGGGCGGGCCGCACCCUCGGCCUGCAGGCUGUAAUUUGUGUUAUAUAUAGCGUUGAGGGGCUGGGCCGGGAGGGCGACAGGGCUAUAAGUGAGCGGGUGCCCACCCUCCCAGCACCAGUCUGAGUGUGGAAGAGACGGCGCUGGAACCCAUGGACACGGCGUAUCCCCGCGAGGACCCCCGGGCCCCCACGCCCAGCAAGGCCGGUGCCCACACAGCCCUCACGCUGGGGGCCCCACACCCCCCGCCUCGAGACCACCUGAUCUGGUCGGUGUUCAGCACCCUCUACCUGAACCUGUGUUGCCUCGGCUUCCUGGCGCUGGCCUACUCCAUCAAGGCCCGAGAUCAGAAGGUGGUUGGUGACCUGGAAGCGGCCCGGCGUUUUGGCUCCAAAGCCAAGUGCUACAACAUCCUGGCCGCGAUGUGGACGCUGGUGCCGCCACUGCUGCUCCUGGGGCUGGUGGUGACUGGUGCCCUGCACCUGGCCCGGCUGGCCAAGGACUCUGCCGCCUUCUUCAGCACCAAGUUUGAUGACGCGGACUAUGACUGACAGGCUGGGUCCUGAUCUGGGGCACUAGCCCCAGGACACUGACCCCAGGCUGCUGCCCCUGGGGCCCAAUACUGACUCCCCGGAGCCUGGCCCUCCUUCUGUGGGGCCUCCAUCCCUGCCCCAUCCUGAUCCUGGGGCCCUCCAGCCCCAACAUGGGCACCUAAGGCUGAACCAGUCAGACCCCAGGGUCUUCACCCUACCCUGAGAGUUCCCGGGCCCUAACUCUGCCCCCGAUCCUGCCCCUCCCUCCUCACACUCCAGGCCCCUCGGUUCCACGAUUAAAAGUGCCUGAUUCCAGAAAGUGCCUCCUGGCCUCUUUCCUGCCUAGCGUGGGGGAAGGAGCUGCCCUAGGGACCACCAAAGCCAAAUGCCACA